CACCAAGUCAGCAUACCAGACCCUCUGGUCAUUCCUUUUUCUAAUUCUCGCCCGUCCGAUAACCCGUACUGUACUGUACCAUGCCUGUUUCUCUAUCUGCUCUGGGACUAACGGUCCUCGGACUGGUUGGUGUCGCCACCGCAGCCCCUUCGUGCAGCCCCGGGCAGUGGGUAAACCUCACUUCAAUCCCCCAGCCCCGUCAGGAGCACGCCACCGCCGCGAUAGGAGACUCCAUCAUCGCCAUUGUCGGUGGCAUCAUCCCAACGGCAAACAGCACGGCGACGACCGAUCUAGUGCAACUCUACGAUGUUACCACGGACAUUUGGCGCACUGUUGCGCCCGCACCGCACAAGGUCAACCACGCCAAUGCGGCUGGGGUGGGUGACAAACUGUACUUGCUCGGCGGCCUGGUCGAGGCUCCUCUCUCGCCGGGCAUGACCAUGAAUUGGGUGGCUACUCGCGCCUGCUACGUUUAUGAUCCUGCGGUAGAUGCCUGGAGUGAGAUUGUUUCAAUGCCUAGCGGCACUGAGAAGGGCAGCGCAGUGGUUGGGGUGCACGGGGAGAUGAUCUACCUCGCCGGUGGGAUGACGGUGCUGCAGACAGGGUAUCAGGAUGCGGUGACGAGUGUCAUCGCCUUAAACACCACCUCGGGAUCCUGGCAGCGCCUCGACGCCGCUGCCGCCGAGCUUCCUGAAAGCCGUCAACAUGCGGCCGGUGCGGUUAUUGGAGAUUCCUUCUAUGUGGUGGGUGGCCGACGGUACGGACAGCUCUACCACAAGGACACGGUGUUUGAGCUGGACUUGACAGACCUGGCAGCUGGUUGGAGUACCAGCGUAGGUCGGAUGCCAGUGUCGCGGGGCGGCUUGUCUGGCGGUGCCGUUGGGGGUAAUUUCUACGCGUUCGGUGGGGAAGGCAAUAUCGAUGCUGCCACCGGAGUGUUCAAUCAGACGCAGAAGUAUAACCCCCAGUCGCAGAAGUGGACCGAGUUGGCGCCCAUGCCCGUUCCACGCCAUGGAACUCAAGCUGUUGGCCUAGGCGAUCGGGUCUAUAUCCCCGGAGGUGGGCUGCAGCAGGAUGGCAAGUCGGUUUCGGUCGAUGGAGGGCCGGUGACCUUCCAGCAUCCCACCGCCCAUUUCGAUGCCUACUGCCCUUGAUGGGUGGGAUUGCGCUCCCCAGUGUUCGUUGAGGUCGAAGUAUUUCAUGUAGUAUACAUAAGAGACGUUACCUGCCUUUCUUGUCGGAGGUAUUAGCACGGACUACGCGGCGGUGUGCGUGCGGAAUGAUUGUUGCCCUAUGGGUCUGUGAAUAGUUGCCUUAGUCUUUCGCUACAGUCCUAUGAGGUGAAGAGAAAUUUAUACUGGCCGAAUACAGCUUAG